AAAGCUCACUGCUUCCAGGGCCAGACACUGUCCUGAGAUGGCACUGCCUCCUGUCAGUCUUCCUAUUUCUUCACCAGCUAAGGACUUCCAGCCAGCCAGUUUCUCGGAGCAACUGUGGAAGUCACAGCAGGUCUGUCACCAUGAAGGUGAUCUUCUCAGUUGCAGUCCUUGUUCUGGCCAGCUCAGUGUGGACUUCCCUUGCAGUUGAUUUCAUCCUUCCUAUGAACUUUCACAUGACCGGGGAGCUUCUACAAAAGACAAAGGCCUUGUGCAUCAAGAAUAUACAGUUAUGUUGGAUACUUAGCUACUUCAAGGUCAGUGAGCCUAUAUGUGGCAGCAACCAAGUGACCUACGAGGGCGAGUGCCAUCUCUGCUCCGGAAUUCUAUAUGAAGACAGAACUGUAAUUAAAGUGCAUGAUGGGCCAUGUGAACACUCCUCGGAUGAGUCUGAACACUGAUAAAAGUUACUGAGUUCUCAGAGAGGCACGUGGAGCACGACUGACUCUUCAAAGAUACCCAGUUUGGGAGACAGGGUCUGGAGUUCAAUGGUAGUGUGCACUAGGGUGUACGAAGCCUUAGGGAGUGUUAAAAGAGAACAGCACCUUGAGAAAAACAUCUUGAUAUUAGAAGAUACUUGGAUCAAAUUCAUUGAUUUCUUUCUUCAAUAAAUGAUUCUCAGCAUAAA